AUGGAUGAAGGCCAGAAACCUCACCUAAUCCCUUAUCGCAAAGAUUCCACCCAAGUUUUCUUCAAAGUUGAUAAAAAGAACAAAAAUCAGCCAUCUAAUAAAUCAGAUUUUACACCUGCUAGGAAUAAACCAGUGGAAUCUGUUGAACGAAAACGGUGUGAUUGUGGAGGUUCAAUUCAUGGUUUGUUUAGUAACUGUAUGAGUUGCGGCCGUUUGUCCUGUAAUCUUGAGAAAGAAGGCCCUUGUAUGGACUGCAACAGCUACGUUUACCCUGUGGACUCCCCAAAUAUUCCAAUAGAUCACCUAGAAAAUCCUGAAUAUAAAAACGCCAUCAAUUUAAGGGAUAAAUUGCUAUCUUUUGACAACAUGUAUCAAAGUGAAGAGUUUAAGGUGACUGAUUUGAAGAGCGGGUGGUUUGAGGAGUUUAAUGACAUCUAUAACGACAAACCCGUAGUUCCAGAGUUUGAAAAAACUGAUCAAGGUAUUGUGGGUGGUUAA